AAAAGCACCGCUAGACUAGAAUUAUUAGCCAUCAUACCGAAUCAAACUCCCUUCUUCACUUCCAAUCUCAAGAUUGUUUCUGGUUCCAACCUCCAAGCCCCAAGAAUCUGAACCUUAUUUUAUAAAAAAAAUUUCGAGAUUAAUCGAUAAAAAUAUUUAACUCCAAUCUCUGUCUUCUGUAUUCAAUACAAAACUUACAUUUCUUCUUCUUCUUCUUCUUCUUCUUCUUCUUCUUCUUCUUCUUCAUUUGAAUGAAAGUACAAUUUCAGCUGAUGAUCUUCAUUCUUCCUUUCUGUUCUCUUCCUACUAAUUUGGAACAGAUAAGAGUAUUUUCUUGCUAAUAAAACAACAAUCAGUGAUGUGUUGCCAAUCCAUCUGCAAAUGUGAAUUGAGCUAACCCUAACCCUAAAUUCCAUGUACCAGAACCAGCAAUGGCAUUGGCAACUGAGAAGAAAUGGUUAUUUACUCUCUUCUCUGUAGCCUUCAUUUCCUUACUAUUAUACAUCGCUGCAAUAUCUGAUUUCACAACCCUCAGAUCAUCAACAUCAUCAACCCAAUUUACUGCAGCGGAGAGUGGUGUUCAAUACGGACUUUCUACUCCACCUGCCUUCGCAUAUUACAUCUCUGGUGGUAGAGGUCACAAAGGGAGGAUCUUAAGGUUGUUAUUGGCUGUGUACCAUCCGCGUAAUCGUUACCUUCUGCAUCUAGGUACGGACGCAUCAAGCCAAGAACGAGAUGAGUUAGCUCUGGAAGUCAGGGGUAUCCCUGUUGUCAGAUCCUUUGGAAACGUUGAUGUAUUAGGCAAGCCAGAUCCCCUCACUUACAUGGGAUCAUCUAACAUAGCUGCAACUCUUCGAGCUGCUGCUAUUCUUUUGCGGGUUGAUGCCGGUUGGGAUUGGUUUAUCACCUUGAGUUCUAAUGAUUAUCCUCUCCUUACUCAGGAUGACUUGUCUCACGUGUUCUCCACAAUGAGCAGAGACUUCAACUUCAUCGAUCAUACAAGUGACCUAGGGUGGAAAGAGCACCAAAGGGUACAGCCUGUUGUGGUUGAUCCAGGGAUUUACUUAGCUAGGAAAACCCAGAUCUUUCAUGCUUCGGAAAAACGGCCUACCCCAGAAGCUUUCAAAUUUUUCACAGGUUCACCAUGGGUCACAUUGAGUCGUUCCUUUGUAGAAUUCUGUGUUCUUGGAUGGGAUAACCUUCCUCGGACGCUUCUUAUGUAUUUUACGAAUGUAAUUUUAUCCCAGGAAGGCUACUUCCAUUCAGUCAUUUGCAAUUCUCCAGAGUUCCAAAACACGACCAUCAACAGUGAUCUAAGAUACAUGGUGUGGGACAACCCCCCAAGGAUGGAACCUCAUUUUCUCAACAUUACCAACUAUGAUCAGAUGGUGCAGAGUGGAGCAGCUUUUGCCAGACAGUUUGAGAAAGAUGACCACAUCCUAAACCUUAUUGAUAGGAAGAUUCUGGGACGUCAGAGUCCUUAUCGAGCCACUCCAGGAGCAUGGUGUGCCGGUAAAAAGAGCUGGUGGGUGGAUCCGUGCUCUAAAUGGGGUGACGUAAAUGUCAUUAAGCCUGGGCCUGGUGUUAAGAGAUUCGAGGAGUCCAUUGUUAGGAUGGUCAGUGACGAGGAUUCCGAAUCAAGUCGGUGCAAGUAGUGCCUUGCCUUCAGUGUGGAUCUUACAUGAUAGGGAGACGGAGAGGGAGAUAUAGAGAUCGCCACCAUUAAAUCAGAUAUUAUUUGUUGGGUCCUAGUUUGUAGCUUCUCUUGUUUUAUGAUUCUUCCAAACCAGUGAUUGCUCUAAAGAAUGAGAGGGAUGUGGGCCAUAAGGCCCGUUAAUUCUGUCGACAUCUUAUAAUCAGACUUGUGUCUGUUGUGUUAGUGUUGUGAAUAGCUGCCAGAUCGUGUACACUUUUAGGGCACAGACAUCACCAAUUGUAUGCAUAUACGUGUAUGAAAGUAUCUUCAGUGAGCAGUGCGAAGAUAAGGUCCCGCCAACCCCCACCCAUGUGUAAUAGGUGAUUAAGUUGGCCAGUUCGGUACGCAGGUAUCCUUCCACUUCUCAUUCUUUUUUGUUGGUUUUUCUCCUUCUUCCUUGUUCCUUGAAUUUUGUAAUACUAACCUCUAAAUUUGUAUGAGGAUCUUUGGUGAUCUUGUAUGUCUAUUUUUUGUUUCCAAGAAAUGCGCAAGUCUCCCUGAAAUGUUUGGGUGGUGGUACCACAUCGCACUAAAUAGUGCAGAAUGAGUUUUUCAUUUUUGUGGACUCUAAACUUCUCUCCUCAUUGGUGAUGUUUGGCUAGUAGGUGCUGACUAUCCACUAUUUUGAAAUAAUCUUUUUAUUAUUAUUA